GGAAAUGUGGGCUUGUGGACGGACGCUUCGUCCCGGGCCAACAUGUCAUACAAAGAAUUCGGAGUCGGAGGGUUUCGGUUUCAAGUGUCCAAGCCAAGGCCAGCCCCAGGGGCAGGGCAGGGGGGCCAUGUCCAAGGCCGUGUCGCGCAUUCCGUCGAGCACCCUGACCUCCCUCCUCCCGCGCGCCCUGAAUCCCCACGUCGCCGUCGUCGACCUCAUCACCACCCACCUCACGGCCGACGCGGAACCCACCAAGACCCUCGACCUCUCCGGCCUGCUCCCCUACCUCGGCCAGGACGAGCUCACCGCCGUCGUGCUCCACGCCGGCCACUCUCACCCGCUUCCUACCCUCCGCUUCCUCAUCGCACUGCCGCCGCCGCUCCAGCCAUCGCCUCCCCACCUCGCCUUCCUCGCGCACUCCCUCGCCACCACCCGCUCCUUCUUCCACGCGCUCGACGCGCUCUCCCACCUCCUCCGCCUCCACCCAACCCACGACGCCCUCCCCACUCUCCUCCUCUCCUACCAGACCGCGCCCCACCCCUCCCUCCCCGGCCUCCUCGUCAAGGCGCUCCUCCGCCGCGCCCGCCUUCGCCACGCAUUCCACGCCGCCCUGCGCGCGGCCGCUUCCGGCUUCCCACCCGACACCGUCGCCUUCAACGCACUCCUCGCCGCGCUAUCUCGCGCCGAGCGUUUCAAUGAGCUCUGGGCCGCACGGGCAGCCAUGUCGCGUGCUGGGGUGCGCCCCAACGCGCACACGUUCAACAUCCUCGUCGCCGCGCUCUGCCGAGGUGAAGACGCCGAGCGCGCGCAGGGCUUCUUAGAGGAGCUGGAGGAACAAGGUUUCGAGCCAGACGUGGUGACUUACAACACCCUUCUUGUUGGGUAUUGCCGCAGGGGGAGGCUGCAGGACGCUCUGCACCUGUUUGAUGUUAUGCCGCCCAGGGGUGUUGAACCAGACUUAGUGUCACAUACUGUCCUGAUAGACGGGCUGUGCAAAGCCGGGAGAUUGAGCGACGCUAGACGCAUGUUUGACAGGAUGGUGAACAGUGGGGUGAGCCCCGAUGCUGUCGCUUAUAGUGUUCUUAUCGCAGGGUACUGUAAUGAGUGCAGAGUGAAGGAGGCAAGGUUGCUGCUAAUGGAGAUGGUGGGGAAAGGUCUCUCGUCUGAAGGAUUCGCUCUCAAGAGUGUGAUUGAGAGUCAUGUCAAAAUUGGGAAGCUGCUCACUUGCUUGAAUAUGGCGUCGCCUUUAAGGAAAUAUGGUGUUGUCAUCCCGUUGGAGAGUUAUAAUUGCUUGAUUGGUGCAUUGUGCGAGGAUAUGCGUCCUCAUGCUGCCAGGAGUUUGUUCCAGUGGAUGAUAGAGGAUGGGCACAGUCCUAGCUUGGAGAUGUAUAAUAUGGUAGUAGAUUGCUUUUGCCAGUGCGGCAGUGUGGACGAGGCUUUAGAUAUAAAGGUUGAGAUGAGCUCUAGAGGAGUGAAGCCAGAUUUUGAUACUUACCGUACGCUAGUAACCUGCCUUUGCAGGGUGGGGAGGAGCUCAGAUGGCAAAUCGGUUAUGGCAGAGAUGAUUGAGUUAGGUCUCCAGCCGAAUGAGACUAUUUGUGCUGCUUUGGUUUGUGGGUUCUGCAAGGAAGGUUCUCUUAAUAAAGCAGAAUUGAUCCUGAAGGCUUUCGUUCUUGAUUUGCAGGUCUGCUGCAAUAAGAGCUAUAAUACUCUGAUGAGAGCUUACUGUAUGACCAGGAGCAGCACAGAGUCAUUGGACUUGCAGAACAGGAUGUUGGAACUGGGUUUUGUCCCAAGCAGUGACACAUGUCGAUCUCUUGUUUAUGGGCUCUCAAGAAGCAUUGCUUAAGUUGCUAAACUGUUUUAAUCAUCCCAUGAAUUCAAAUAUUCUUAAAUUUUCAAUGGGUGGUCUACAUAAUUGCUUAGGUGAUUACAGCAGUGACGAUGGCAUGAUGCUAUCGCCAUGCAUGAUGAACGAGAACAUUUGUGGAAGAGCUGAACAAAUUGGAUUAUGCAGCAGAAAGCAUUUAACAUGAUACUGUAUGUAAGUGAUGUGAGCAUGCUGAGGCCUAUGAGUUUACUUGGCUGGAAUGCCACGGAGAUGCAUGUUUGGCAAACUGCUCUUGUCCUGACCACAUGGCACCAUGGAGCAUGGCUGACAAAUUACUGUAAACACCCUGCUUUAUGGAAUUAGAGAGCUAAUAUUGCUUGAAUAUUAGCCCUAGACUAAGCGGCGGACAUGAUUUUAAUGCUAAAAUAUUAAGUGUUGCAUCCAAUUGCCACAAUUGUAUUACACAGUGCACUGUUUGGUAAAUCUCAUGUGUCAGUUUUUUGUCCAAGAGUUCACAUGCAUGGUGAACAAUAGCAUUUGUGAAAGGGUAGGAUGCAGUAUGGUUAGCAUUGAGAUGGUGUGAGCACUGAGCACAAAUGUUGAUGUAAUCUUCCUCAUGCGGCUUUGCUGCCUGAAUCCAGGUGAACUCUAAUCUUCAUGAUGAUAGAGAUAUACAUUGACCAAGUUUUUCCUGA